AUGAAAAAGGAAGGACAGGACAUGGCAAAAGCUUGCUGCGUUGACGGCUGCAUAGCCAAGGAUGUUAUAUACUUUAGAUUUCCCAACAGCCGCACCCGCUGCAAGAAAUGGGUGGAGGCUAUCAAGCUGAGCAGCAGGCCGAGCCACAACUCCCUGCUGUGCAGCGCCCACUUCAGCCCCCAGGACUACUCCCUCGUGAGGGGCAAAGUACGCCUCAAGCCCAAGGUGGUGCCCAGCCUAGUACAGACCGAAGCGCCUAAACCGAAUGAGACCAAAAAUUCCCACACCGGCCCGGGCCUCGAUAAGACUGAUGAAGCAGAAGGUAGAACACAAGAGACUGAGAUAGAGAUUAAUGGAAUCGAGAAGGUUGAUGAAACAGAAAAGAAUGAGGAAACAACACUGAACAGGAAGUAUGCAAAUAGUAAGAAAAACGCCAAGUCAGCGACUAGGUAUGUGAAGAGCAGAGGUAUUGGACGAAGCAGAAAGACUGGCCGUCGGGAGCAGAAUUUGACAAGGGGAAGGAAAAGGAAGACUUCAGAUAGCGUGACUAUAAGGCCGUGUGCAGAAGAGGAGAAGGGAGACAUCGAGGAGCUUCUCACCUACUACCACAUAAAGCAGAACAAAGAUGUGGCAGAGAGGCAGAACGCGGAGCUGCUGAGGGAGAGGGAGAGACAAACGAGCCAGGACGGGGACUCUGGCAGCGGUGCUGUGGAUAUUGUACCCUCAGCCACGGAGACGGAGGCAGAACCUGUGUUCAUAGAGGUCUCCGCGAACCAAGACAAACACCGGCGAGGGUCUGGCAGCCCCCGCGACUGCCUCAUGCUGCUGGAGAGCGUCCAGGUGGAGCUGGACCCCAACGACCUGUUGCCACCCGAGGGGGAGGAACCCGAAGGGCCCAAAGAGAUCAUCGUCCUCGAUGACAGUUCCAGGGUCGAGGAGCCAAUCAGCCUGCUGACCUCCAGCGACGAAGACGACGUGAUAGUGCAGGAGCCCCACAUCGACACGGUGCUGAUCUCCGACGAGAGCGACGAGGACGACAAGCCGCUGGCGGGGCUGGCGGGGCUGGCGGGGCGGAGCGCCCGGGCUUCGCCCCCGCGGGCGCUGCUCGUGUGGCGCGUGUGCCGCGCGUGCGGGUUCAGCGCGGCGAGCGAGGCGCAGCUGGCCAGGCACCGGCGCGCCCACGGCCGAGGGGCGAAGCGCCGCCACAGCCUGCCCUGCCGCCUGCGAGGGCACGAGCCCGCC